AUGCAAUCCCUCCGACAAUCUAGACACCUGUUGAGCGCAGUGAAGGCGCAGGUGGAGCGGGACCAAGACAGGGCACGACUGCGGACCCUCGACGCCGAAGACAGCGAGCCAGCAGCGGCAGCACCCAGCGACGAGAACGCCGACCCGGAGAAGACCGCCCAAGAUGCCGAGCCAAGCCGCCGCCCGUCGGCCGAGUCCAUCCCGCGCCCCUCGGUGAGCAGCGGAAGCAGCAACUCCUCCGAAGUCUUGGAUGGGCUCUCAAACACCGCCCAGCGCGUGCCCACUGCAGCCACGCAGUAUACCGCCCGCGCGGCUCUGGGUCACUCGUUGACGGGCGUUCAUGCGCGAGACCGCCUCACGCAUGAGGGCAAGGGCGAGAAGGUGUUCGUUGUAGGCUGGGAAGGUCCCGAUGACCGUCUGAACCCACGGAAUUGGACGUACGCCCGCCGAGUGAGCUGCACCCUCCAAAUCUCCCUCAUCGCCGCCGCCGUGGGCGCAGCCUCGGGCAUAGACGCCACCGUCCUCCCGCAGGCGGCCUCGUCCCUCGGGGUAAGCGAGGUCGCCGAGUCGCUGGCGACGGGCCUGUACCUCGUCGGCAUGGGCAUGGGCAGCCUCGUCGCGGGGCCCUUCUCCGAGACGUUCGGCCGCAACGCCGUCUACACCGGGUCCAUGGCCGUCUUCAUGGUGUGGAUCAUGGCGUCCGCGCUGGCGCCGAAUUUCGGGUCGCAGAUCGUGUUCCGCUUCCUGGCCGGGUGCUCGGCUUCCACGCCGCUCGUGUGCUCGGGCGGGAGCGUGUCGGACAUGUUUGACAGCAUCGAGAAGACGUGGGCUUUCCCGCUAUACGCGAUUGCUGCGUUUGGGGGCCCCAUGCUGGGCGCGGUAAUGGGUGCGUAUAUUGGGCCUUCGACGCUUGUGAGCUGGCGGUGGACUGAGUGGACCAUGUUGAUCCUGUCUGGGCUGGUGGUCUGCUGGGUUUUCUUCCUCAUGCCUGAGACCUACUCGCCGCUGCUUUUGCGGUGGAAGGCGAAGCACCUGCGGCGUGUGACUGGGGACGACCGGUUCCGCUCGGAGCAUGAGAUUGUCAAGGCGACGCUGUUCAGUCGGCUGAAGGUCAGCAUGACUAGGCCGUUCCUCAUGUUUACCGAGCCGAUCAUCCUCGCCAUGACCGUGUACCUGUCGGUCGUUUACAUCGUCCUCUUCACGUUCCUCAUCGGAUGGCCCUACAUCUUCGAGUACACCUACGGCAUCACCCAAGGACUCAGCAACAUCAUUUUCAUCUCGAUGUUUGUCGGCCUGCAAUUCACCUUCCUGCUCAUACCGAUCGUCUACCGGAUGACAGCCAAGCAAGUCAAAGAGGCCGAAUCCCGCGGCGAGGGACAACAAUUCAACCCGGAGAUCCGCCUCUGGUACGCCAUGCUCGGCCCGGCCGUGAGCAUCCCCAUCUCGCUCUUCUGGAUGGGCUGGACGGCGAGCCCGGACAUCAGCAUCUGGUCGCCCAUCCUCGCCGCCGCGCUGUUCGGCUUCGGCGUGAUGGGAAUAUUCAUCUGCGCCUACAUGUACGUCAUCGACUCGUACGAGAUGUUCUCGGCGUCGGCGCUGACCUUCACCGCCCUCGUGCGCUACAUGGCCGCCGGCGGGAUGACGGUCGUGGGCAUCCCGUUCUACACCAACAUGGGCGUCCAUUACACGCUGACCAUACUGGCGUGCAUUUCGUGCGUCCUUGUUCCUGUGCCUUAUGCCCUGUACAAGUGGGGUUAUAAGCUGCGGAAGAGGAGCAAGUAUGCCGUGUCUCGUGAGAUUUAA